AUUUGUUGGCCCGUGUUUGUGAGAGAGAAGCAGGAGGAGGAGGACUGGUGCCUUGCUUUAGAGCUGACGGGGACGGACAGAUAACAAUACCGAAUACGUGGUCAUAGCCGAUUCACUCUGCUUCUGAGUCGCGCCGGUCGAUAAAAGUUCACUUUUGGAAGCCGUAAAAAUGGGGAUCCGCAAAAAGACCAACAAGAACCCGCCGGUGUUGAGUCAUGAGUUUGUCAUCCAGAACCAUGCAGAUAUUGUUUCCUGUGUUGCUAUGGUGUUCCUCCUCGGGUUGAUGUUUGAGGUCACCUCGAAGGUUGCAGUGCUGUUCAUCACUGUCCAAUACAACGUUACCAUCUCAGCAAAUGAGGGCCUGCCAGAGGAGAGCGGAGUGAACCACUUCCACCACGGUCUGAAGGAUCUGGCUACAGUGUUCUUCUACAUGAUGGUCGCCAUCAUCAUGCACGCCAUCAUCCAGGAGUAUGUACUGGACAAGAUCAACCGGAAGAUGCAUUUCUCUAAGACCAAGCACAGCAAGUUCAACGAGUCAGGCCAGCUCUCCGCCUUUUACCUGGUCUCCUUCGGCUGGGGAACCAACAUCCUCAUGUCGGAGAACUUCCUGUCCAACCCAGUGAAUCUAUGGGAAGGCUACCCCCAUACCUUGAUGCCGUUCCAGAUGAAGUUCUAUUUCAUCUGUCAGUUGGGCUACUGGCUUCACGCCCUCCCCGAGCUCUACUUCCAAAAGACCAAGAAAGAGGAUAUUCCUCGUCAGUUGGUAUAUAUCGCUCUGUACUUGGUCCACAUCGCAGGAGCCUACAUCCUCAAUCUGAAUCGUCUGGCUCUGGUUCUGCUGGUGUUCCACUACUUUGUAGAGCUUCUCUUCCACGUGUCCCGCCUGGUCUACUUCAGCAACGAGAAGAGACUGACAGGGUUCACCGUCUGGGCGGUGCUGUUUGUUCUUGGGCGGCUGCUCACCCUGUCCCUGUCUGUUCUGACUGUGGGUUUCGGCCUGGCCAACGCUGAUCAACAGGGACUGGACCUGGCCAACGCUGAUCAACAAGUACUGGACCUGGCCAACGGAAACUUCAACGUACUCUUCGUUCGGAUCACUGUGCUGGCGACCAUCUGUAUGACUCAGGCCUUCAUGAUGUGGAAGUUCAUCAACUUCCAGCUGAGGAGGUGGAGAGAGCAGACCAAGACCCAGGCCCAGCCCCUGAAACCCAAGAAGCCCCAAGCUCCCAAGAGCAAGUCCAAGAAAGACAAAGCCAAUGGAGUGAACGGAGUAAGUUCCAACGGAGCUGAUUCGCCGAGAGUGAAGAAAGAGAAGUCUUCAUAAAGUCUCAGACCCCAUCCAACCCUCCAACCCACACCCACACCAAAAAGACCACCUUUUCUCCCCUCCCCCUCAGGCUGCAUCCAGCCUUCUCAUGUCAAUGGCCCAAUCCCAAAUCGACCCCUAGACCCUAUGGCAGGGAUCAUCAACUAGAUUCAGCCGCGGGCCAAGUUUAGAUUU